AGACUAUUCGUAGAGAAGCUAAGAACCUGUUCCAUCAUUUACGAUUUUAUGGAAAACACGAACUUGGAGAACAAAAUGUGCAAGAAGCAAAUUAUGAGUGAAAUCCUCGAAUAUCUCAUCCACGGCCGAAAUGUUUUAACGCCAGAGCUCUACCGUGAGAUUGUCGAUAUGGUAAGCAAAAAUAUAUUCAGAAAGCUUCCCAGCUCUGAAAUCAUGUUUGAUGUAGAGGAGGAUCAUACCUUCUAUGACCCAUCAUGGCCACAUUUGCUCUUAUCUUACGAAAUACUGACGCAGUUUUUGUACCUACCUGACUUCAAAACAUCUCUGGCCCGUCAUUACAUCAAUGAAAAUUUCAUCGACCAAUUCAUGGAUUUGUUUCUAACACGUGAUGGGCGGGAGAGGGUUACGCUGCAGAAGAUCCUCCUUAAAAUAUACAGAGCCUUCAUCGUCCUCAGGCCUUACAUAAGAAACAGAUUCUAUGAGUACACGUUUGACGAAGUCUACGUAAUUGGUCUACCGGAUUUGAUGCAAUUUUAUUCCAACAUAAUACCUGGUUUUGUGUUCCCUCUGGAAGCUGAGCACGAGAUAUUUUUCACUAACAUCUUUCUACUGCUGCAUUGCGGUGCCAUGUAUCCCCACUAUUAUAAAAGGUACCUCGACUGCAUAUACGAACUGCUUUUGAAAAAUCCCAAACUCUACGAAAAGGUUGUCGAUGUAAUAAUAAAGUAUUGGCCAAAAACUUCUUCCGCAAAGCAAUUGUUAUUUUUGAAAGAAUUGAAUGAUUUACUGACUGAUAUAAAAUCAGAGGAGUUUGAGGUCAUAUGCAUUGACUUGUUCACUCUUCUAGCCGAUUGUUUCUCUAAACCAAAUUAUUAUGUAUUUGAUGGGGCCCUGGAUGUAUUGAACAAUCCGACAAUAUGCUCCCUUAUAAAAACUUACACGGAUACUGUCUAUCCUAUAAUAGUUCCGGUUUUAUUGAAAUCUAUGGAGGCCAUUCACGUGCCGAAUAAGGUUAAAAUACAAGCAAUUAUCACCAAAUUUAGGAAUGAUUCUGAAAAAGAUUUCUCGUUUUCGUUACUCAAAUACGAAGAGUGA